UCCUUGCUCAGCCUCAAGCUUGCCUUGCCUUGCCGCAAACGCACCCGCGCAUUCCACCGCAAAAGACCAACAGAUAAUCGAGUCGGCGACAACAAUGAGUUUCGUCCCCGUCAACCCCCGGCCCUUCUUGCAGGACCUGAUCAACAAGGACGUGAUUGUGCGUCUCAAGUGGGGCGAAACCGAGUACAAGGGCAGACUGGUGAGCAUCGACAGCUACAUGAACAUUCAGCUGAGCAACACGGAGGAAUUCAUCGACCGCAAGUUCACCGGGACAUUGGGCCAGGUUUUGAUACGGUGCAACAAUGUGCUGUACGUGACGGCGGCGGACAAGGGCGGGGAAGGAGAUCGGGAUACCAAGAUGGAGGGGUAGCCGGGUUGAAGUUGGGUCAUGUGGGAAGAAGCUGAGGGAGGUGCUUACGGACAAAAGAGUUCAAGGACAGGGCCACGGACAGGACAGCUUGAUCGAGGGCGGCUCUUCACCUCCGGGCCUGUCUCAGAGAACUAGAACGAUGGGGAUGAUAUCCGCCGCCAUGGCGUGGGAUGGACGGAAUCACAGCCAACAGGACAGUGGGAGAAGACUAAUGUCUGGAUAGC